AUGACAUCAACAUCAUCGCCACCGCCCUACACGGCACAACCCACCAUCACCGUUGCUCAGAAGCUCGAGCUGGUGCAGGCUGAGCUGGAAGUAGCCAAACUCCGACUUCGCAAACAGGCUGGAGAACGACAGGGAAAACAAAGAGUUGCUUCCUCUCGGAGGGCGGUCCUGCAGAGACUUGUUCCCAGAGUCGUCAAGCAAGCCUUGAGUCCACCCCUUGAGCAGACAUCCAGUCCCGUUCCGGAAAUACACGCCCCGCUGGACCAUCGCAGAAUUGCCUGGAACAUGAUCUUGAGUGAGGAACACCCUCCCAGUGGCUCCGCAUUGGCAUCUCUGAAGAAGAUGAUGCUCCGUGAUCUCUCAAUGGAGACUCAUCACAGCGGAAAGAUGCUCUUGCUGCGUACCAUCACCGCGUCAUCAAUGCAUAGUUCGAUGCAGACAGCCUAUGCCGUCGAGGACGAGCGCGGCGACAUUGAACUCCUCACGAUCCAUGACUUUGCUGUCACCACCCACCCGUCCAAGGCGAUACAGAAUGGCACCUUCUUCGUGGUCAAGGAACCUUUCUACAGAUCGGUUCUGGACGAAGACUGUGUACUGUGUGUCGAUCAUCCCUCGGACAUCGUCUUCCUGGACGCCGACAGCCCGAUACUCCCCGAUGCCUGGAGGUCCGAAGUCAUCGAUAGAUCGAGUGUCGAAUGGAAGCAAGCCGGCAAUCAUGCCUUGCAAGAUCAACAGUUUGUUGAAGCCGAAAGAUGUUACAGCAGAGCUCUCUCCGCCUUGACUGCUGCCCAAGCAGACGACUUUGCUAGAGGCAUCAUUCAUCGCAACAGGGCACAGGCUCGACUCUGCCUCCAUCGUCACGACGGAGCCUACAGCGAUGCACUUGCGGGCGUGAGAGUACUUCCCAAGCAGCCUGAUCCCCUUGCAGAGAUACAAAACGUCAGAGCCCUUUACCGAGCAGGCCGUGCUGCUUACGAGCUUGGUGCAUUCGACAACGCCCUCUCAGCAUACAAGUCCAUUACUGCCAUCUCACCUUUCAACGAGGACUGCUUGAGAGAACUCAAGCGAACACAGUCUCGCAUUGUUGAACAGACAACAGGUGUUAACAUUUGGAAAGCAACCGGACCUUCGGCUCAUGGAACCAAGGUGGACCAUGCCGACUUUCUGCGCAGGACCGAAGCUCGCCAGACAGCCCACCACGGCCGAGGUUUGUUCGCGGUCGAGGCCAUUCCAUGCGGCGACAUUGUUCUCUCCGAGAAGGCAUUGGCAUUCGUGCCGUCACCGGUUGACCCUAAGACCUUCAACCUCGUCAUACCGCCGGGUGCUACCAGAGGCACGUUUGGUACACAGAUCGACAUAUGGACAGAGGUUAUCCAGAGAAUAGUUGCCGAUCCAAGCAUUGCUCCAAAGGUAUUGAGUCUAUACGCUGGUCCAAACUAUCCUCCACUCGAGAACCUCGAUGUUCCCAUCGUGGACGGAUCGCCUGUUCUCGACAUCUUUCGUAUCGAGAACAUCAUCGAAUACAACUCCUUCGGAUAUGGUCAUGAUCCUGAGCUCACCAGCUUUGGCAAUGCUGCUCUUACUACUCCAGGUCUCAAUAACAUGGACGGAUCGAUGGGACUCUGGGUACACUGCUCUGCAAUGAAUCAUUCCUGUCUGUUCAAUGCCGAGCACAGUUUCAUUGGCGACAUGAUCAUUUUCCGCGCAACCCGCGAUAUUGCAAAGGAUGAGGAGAUCACCACACUUUACAAGGAAAUCAAUGCCGACUACGACAUUCGUGAUGCUGCACUUCGCACUUGGGGCUUCAGCUGUGAUUGCAAGCUCUGUGAAGCAGACAGAACAUGUCCAGAGACACCCACUCGCAAGCAUCUGAUGGAGCAAACCAGAGAUCUUCUUCUGCAGCUUCCUUUGAUCAAGGCUCUCGUCGAACCACGCACCGCAGUGAUGAUGUUCGAAGACCUUUUGGUGAAGAUCGAAAAGACUUAUCCAGAAGAGUACUACCACAACCUGCCUCGUCUGGGCUUGAUCACCCUACACCGCUACUGCGCAUUCGCCUAUGCACGCGCCGAGCCUGAGAAGUCAAUUGAGCACGCUCUCGCAUGUAUCGAAGCUCAUGGAUACAAAUUCACCAUGACGGACGACAACUUUGAAAUCGACCGUACCAACGCAAUGUCCGCUCCUCAGGUUGUUGAUCAACUGAUGAACGUCAGCAGAUACAAGGCCAUGAAAGGUCAGACAAUCUUGGCAGGCAAGAUCAGGGAAUUGGCAUUGCAGAUUUACAUCAUCGUCAACGGAGAGCCUUCUGGUUUUCAGACUAGAUACGGUAAAGCUUGAUGCCGUGAGAGCGGUUAGAGAUUGGAAUGACAUUUGGAGGGAAUUAAGUCGAUUGGCGACUGACUUUUGGAUUGCGAGGAGGACAUUUGGUAACGACACCUAACAGGAUUUAUAAUUAAUCAGAUGACCUAUGAUGCGG